AUAUCGGCCUCCUCUGCAAAAGAAAUCAGGAUAACAAAGGCAUAUCAGGUGCCUCUACAAAAGGGUAAAAAGCUCCUUGGGAAUUUGGACUUUAUCUUGUUUGCUGGUCUAUCUCCAGUUCCUGAAACAUGGCCAGGAGAAUCUAUAUCUGUAUCAAGAUGCUCUGAAGAACAGCUUCUACCUUUAGGAAUGUCUAGUGUUACAAAAUGACUAGCAUCUUCCAUUUUGCCAUUAUCUUCAUGUUAAUACUUCAGAUCAGAACACAAUUAUCUGAAGAAAGUGAAUUUUUAGUUGAUAGGUCAAAUAACGGUCUCAUCCACAUUCCUAAAGACUUAUCCCAGAAAACAACAGUCUUAAAUAUAUCACAAAAUUAUAUAUCUGAGCUACAGACUUCUGACAUCUUAUUACUGUCGAAGCUGAGGGUUUUGAUAAUUUCUCAUAAUAGAAUCCAGUAUCUUGAUAUCAGUGUUUUCAAAUUCAACCAGGAAUUGGAAUACUUGGAUUUGUCCCACAACAAGUUGGUUGAGAUUUCUUGCCACCCUACUGUGAACCUCAGGCACCUGGACCUGUCAUUUAAUGCAUUUGAUGCCCUGCCUAUAUGCAAAGAGUUUGGCAGUAUGUCUCAACUAAAAUUUCUGGGGUUGAGUGCUACACACUUAGAAAAGACUAGCGUGCUGCCAAUUGCUCACUUGAAUAUCAGUAAGGUCUUGCUGGUCUUAGGAGAGCCUUAUGGGGACAAAGAAGACCCCGAGGGCCUUCAAGACUUUAACACUGAGAGCCUGCACAUUGUUUUCCCCGCAAAUAAAGAAUUCCAUUUUAUUUUGGAUGUGUCAGUCAGGACUGUAGCAAAUCUAGAACUAUCUAAUAUCAAGUGUGUGCUGGAAGAUAACGAAUGUUCUUACUUCCUAAAUAUUCUGGCAAAACUUCAAACAAAUCCAAAGUUGUCAAGUCUUACUUUAAACAACAUUGAAACAACUUGGAAUUCUUUCAUUAGGAUCUUCCAGCUGGUUUGGCAUGCAGCCAUACAGUAUUUCUCAAUUUCAAACGUGAAACUACAGGGUCAGUUGGAUUUCAGAAAUUUUAAUUAUUCUGGCACUUCCCUGAAGGCCUUGUCAAUACACCAAGUUGUCACUGAUGUGUUCAGUUUUCCACAAAGUGAUAUCUACAGCAUCUUUUCAAAUAUGAACAUCAAAAAUUUAACAGUGUCUGGUACACACAUGGUCCACAUGCUUUGCCCAUUCAAAAGUAGCCCGUUCCUGUAUUUGGAUUUUUCCAAUAAUCUCUUAACAGACACGGUUUUUGAAAAUUGUGGUCACCUUACUGAGUUGGAGACACUUAUUUUACAAACAAAUCAAUUAAAAGAACUUUCAAAAAUAGCUCUUAUGACUAAACAGAUGAAGUCUCUGCAACAAUUGGAUAUUAGCCAGAAUUCUCUAAGCUAUGAUGAAAAUGAAGAAGAUUGCUCUUGGACUAAAAGUUUAUUAAGUUUAAAUAUGUCUUCAAAUAUACUUACUGACUCUGUUUUCAGAUGUUUACCUCCCAGGAUCAAGGUACUUGAUCUUCACAGCAAUAAAAUAAAGAGCAUUCCUAAACAAGUCAUAGAACUGGAAGCUUUGCAGGAACUCAAUGUUGCUUUCAAUUCUUUAACGGACCUUCCUGGAUGUGGCAGCUUUAGCAGGCUUUCUGUGUUGAUCAUUGAUCACAAUUCAGUUUCCCACCCAUCAGCUGAUUUCUUCCAGAGCUGCCAGAAGAUGAGGUCAAUAAAUGCAGGGAACAAUCCAUUCCACUGUACCUGUGAUCUAAGAGAAUUUGUCAAAAAUAUAGGCCAGGUAUCAAGUGAAGUAGUAGAGGGCUGGCCUGAUUCUUAUAAGUGUGACUACCCAGAUAGUUAUAGAGGAACCCCACUGAAGGACUUUCACCUGUCUGACUUAUCCUGCAACAUAACUCUGCUGAUCGUCACCAUUGGAGCCACCAUGCUGGUGUUGGCUGUGACUGUGACCUCCCUCUGCAUCUACUUGGAUCUGCCCUGGUAUCUCAGGAUGGUGUGCCAGUGGACCCAGACCCGACGCAGGGCCAGGAAUGUACCCUUAGAAGAACUCCAAAGAAAUCUCCAGUUUCAUGCUUUUAUUUCAUAUAGUGGGCACGAUUCUUUCUGGGUGAAGACUGAAUUAUUACCAAACCUAGAGAAAGAAGGUAUGCAGAUUUGCCUUCAUGAGAGAAACUUUGUUCCUGGCAAGAGCAUUGUGGAAAAUAUCAUCAACUGCAUUGAGAAGAGUUACAAGUCCAUCUUUGUCUUGUCUCCCAACUUUGUCCAGAGUGAGUGGUGCCAUUAUGAACUCUACUUUGCCCACCACAAUCUCUUCCAUGAAGGAUCUAAUAACUUAAUCCUCAUCUUGCUGGAACCCAUUCCGCAGUACACCAUUCCUACCAGCUAUCACAAGCUCAAAUCGCUCAUGGCCAGGAGGACUUAUUUGGAAUGGCCCAAGGAAAAGAGCAAACAUGGGCUUUUCUGGGCUAACCUAAGGGCAGCUAUUAAUAUUAAGCUGACAGAGCAAGCAAAAAAGUAGAUUACACAUCAAGUGAAAAAUAUCCCUCUUGUUGAUAUUGCUGCUUUUGGAAGUUCCAAAAAGGACUUUAUUUUGCAUCAACACAAAUGUCAACACAAUUGUGAGUGUAUGAUGUAGGUAAAAACACAUACUUUCAGGCCCCAGUUCACCGGUUAUAUGUGGUGUUGAAAAUUAAUAAAAAAAUAUAACUUUGA